UGAGGAGGGAAGACUGAGUGAAUGCAAAGCUGAAAGUACAAGCAGGACGGAAAGUGAAACCGGGCACAGCCCCCAGUAUAAGACUCCCCCUACCCGGGAGAUGGCUGGCCAAAGAGGCUGGGCCCCGCCAUGGGCCAGACGGCAGGCGACCUUGGCUGGCGGCUCAGUCUUUUGCUGCUCUCCUUGCUCCUGGCUCGAGCUGGUGUAUGGGGAUUCCCAAGACCCCCAGGGAGGUCCCCCCUGAGCCUGCAGGAGUUGCAGAGGGAGUUCAAGGUCAGCCUGCACCUCGCCAGGAAGCUGCUCUCCGAGGUUCGGGCCCAGGCCCAUCGCUUUGCUGAAUCUCAUCUGCCAGGAGUGAGCCUGGACCUCCUGCCUCUGGGAGACCAGCUCCCCAACGUUUCUAUGACCUUCCAGGCCUGGCGUAGCCUCUCCGACCCAGAACGACUCUGUUUCCUCUCCAUGACACUUCGGCCAUUCCAUGCCCUUUUGGGAGGGCUGGGGAGCCAGGGGGGCUGGACCAGCUCAGAGAGGAUGCAGCUGUGGGCCAUGAGGUUGGAUCUCCGGGAUUUGCAGCGGCAUCUCCACUUCCAGGUGCUGGCUGCAGGAUUCAACCUCCCUGAGGAAGAGGAGAAUGAGAAGGGGAAGGAGCUGCUCACAGGAGCUCCAGGCAGCCCCUCACAGACGUCAGUCCAGGUGUCCUGGCCCCAGCUCCUCUACACCUACCAGUUGCUGCACUCCUUGGAGCUUGUCUUGUCUCGGGCCGUGCGGGACUUGCUGCUGCUCUCCCAGGCUGGGAACCCAGCCCAGGCCUUGGGGUGCCCCACACCCAGCUCCCAGCCCUGAUGGAGUGAAGCCAUCCAUCCCCCUUCACUCUUUAGGACUUUAGGACUGGAGUCCGGGCCAACAGGACAGCCUCCAGCUCAUUUGCCUUAGACAAGGCAGGACUCCACCGGCCUCCCAUCCCAGACCCUACCCAAUAAUUUAAGGCCCCUCCAGUCCUUGCCAGAUAUUUAUUUCUUGGAUAUUUAUUUAUUGUUUAGGGAAAUGAUGGUUUAUUUAUUGUUUCAGAGCUUGCUAGUCAUCCUUGGGUAGGCUGCCAUGCAGGGUGCCUAAUAAAGCACUGUCACCCUC